AUGAUUGAAGUUGCUAGUCCAGAAGAAACUAACAGUAACAAUGAACUCUAUAACCUCUCAGAUAAGGAAUUUAAAACAGAACUUUUAAGGACUUAUAAGGAACUCAAAGAAGAAAUGAAACACACUGUUGAUAAAACAAGAGGAUAUGAAAGCGGAGCUUCUGUAUAUUUCCGUGCACUGCAAUCCGGCCUCCCUGAUACUGCAAAUUCUGGCACGUGGGACUGCCGCGAUGGGAAUAACUACUAUGGUAGCGAAGAUUACCCUAAAUCCAGCUCUCCCCUGGCCCCUUCCUUCAUCAACCCUACAUCUUGGACCAGGAGCCCACGAGCUGAGCUGUGGCCGUUAAGCAGUUCUAACAGACAUCACCUUGCUGCAGCCCACGAAAUGCUGUCUCUCUUGCUGAUCGUCUCAAGCCUGGGUGGGCUGGUCUCUGGGAACCAGAAUUCUGAAACAUCAUUUCUACAAAUUAUAGUACCGAAGAAGAUUGAAACAGAUAUCCGUAACCACGAUAUGUCAGAAACUCAAGUUACUUACGUCAUAAAAAUUGCAAAGAACACCUACACUUUCCAUCUCAUGAAACAAUCAUUUUUAGAUCCUCAUUUCCAUCUAUACUUAAGCAACAGCUCAGGAAUAUUUUCUCCAGAUUCUUCAUUCAUAAAAGGUCACUGCUUUUAUCAAGGAUAUGCUGCAGAGAUUCCCGAAUCAGUUGUGACACUGAGCACUUGUUCAGGACUCAGGGGAUUAUUGCAGCUGGAGAAUGUCACUUAUGGAAUUGAACCCUUGGAAACUGCAACUACAUAUGAACAUAUACUUUAUCAAAUACAUGAUAAUAGAAUUGAGUCCCCCCUUUCAAAAGAAAAUGAUCAGAACAACCAAUUGGUAGAUCCGUUCUACAAGAUUAUUGUGAAGUCAGAGAAAAAAAAUACAGAUGCUAUCCAAAUUAAAAGAUUUGUGAAAAUAAAGAUCAUUAUGGAUAAAUUCUUGUUUGACUAUAUGGGCUCUGAAGUGGCUGUUGCAACUGAGAAAGUUUUCAAUGUUUUUGGUCUUAUCAACAGUAUGUUUUCCCAGCUAAAAGUGACUGUUUACCUGUCUUCUUUGGAAAUCUGGUCUGAUAAAAAUAAGAUUCAAACUGAUGGAGAUGUUGGUGAAGUACUACAAAGAUUUGUGUCCUGGAAAGAGAAAUUUUUGCCUCAGAGACCCCAUGAAGUGGCAUACUUAUUAAUUUAUAGAGAACACCCUAAUAAUGUUGGAGCAUCAUUCCACGGAAAGGCAUGUGAUCCAAAAUUUGCUUCCGGGGUUGCUGUGUAUCCAAAGAUGAUAUCUUUGGAAUCAUUUUCAGUUAUAAUGGCGCAGUUGAUUGGAGUCAGUUUCGGUUUAAGUUAUGAAGAGGCCAGCAAUUGUCAUUGUUCAAGAACUGCAUGCAUAAUGAAUCCUGAGGCUAUGCAUUCCCGUGGUGUAAAGCUUUUUAGCAGCUGCAGCAGAGAUGAAUUUAUACGUGUAGUUUCUAAUCCUGAAUUUGAAUGUCUUCAGAAGAAAGUAGCUUAUAAAGUGAAUAACCCAAAGAAAAGACCUGAAGUAAUCUGUGGAAAUGGGAUUAAGGAAUCUUCAGAACACUGCGACUGUGGUCUACCAAAGCUAUGUACUCAUCCAAAAUGUUGUAACCCUAAAACCUGUGAAUUGCGUGGGAAUUCAAAGUGUGGCAGUGGACCUUGUUGUGAUAAAAACACUUGUCAGAUAAAAGAAAGAGGAUUCCUAUGUAGAGAAAGCACCGAUCCGUGUGAUUUUCCAGAGUUUUGCAGUGGAACCUCAGAGUCCUGUGGUCCUAAUAUAAGGGCUCUCGAUUUAGAGCCCUGCAAUAAUUUCACUUCCUAUUGCUAUAAUGGGGAAUGCAAAGAUCCAGAUAUGCAGUGUUCAAAGUUAUUUGGAAAAUCUGCUACAUUCUCAACAUAUUUAUGUUCACAAGAAGUGAAUUCACAAAAUGAUAAAUUUGGAAAUUGUAAGGGAGGUCCAUGUGAUUAUGCGAAUAUACCUUGUGGAAAGUUAGUUUGUCACUGGACAGAUACACGUAUAGCAGAAAGUAGUAAUCUUGAUAUUCAAUAUACUUUCCUGGGAGAACAUAUAUGUAUAUCUUCAUCAUUACGAAGUAGGGCAAGUAAAGAUAUUACAGUUGUGGAAACUGGUACUAAGUGUGACGAUGGAAAGAUUUGCAAUGAACGCUUUCAUUGUCAAUGCGAUGCUGGAUAUAGCCCUCCAAACUGUACACCAACACCAUCAUCACCAGGAGGAAGUCUUGAUGAUGGGAAUUGGAUUCUGACAAGUCAGUACUUAGACAAAUUAAUCCAAUAG